AUGGCAAAAUCGUUGCUGAUCGUCUCUGCUUUAUUUUUGGCCGUCGUUGCAUCUGUAACAGCUGCACCCACACCGAAAAAGCAAAUAGCUUUCAAUCUAUGCAAGAAAAGUGAUCCAAACCUUGACAGAUGUUUGAGGAGCUCCAUCCAAUCAGUCAUUCCAGAUUUGGCCGAAGGAUACCCUAAACUGAGGAUUCCGGCCCUCGAACCGUUCGAGUUGCCGUCAUUGGAAAUCGAACACGGAAAGGGCUCUAGCAAAGCUGUCAGUAUUGACUUGAAGUUAAAGGACGUCAAAAUCAUGGGUUUCACCAGCGCAGUGGUCGAUGCCUUGAAAGUCGACGUGGACAACUUCAAGACGAGCGGCAAGAUUAGCUUCACAAAGCCACUCGAGAUCACUGGACAAUACACGGUCAACGGCAAGGUGCUCGUUUUGCCGAUCACCGGAAACGGACCGUGUUCCAUUGUCUUACAUGAACCCGUUUUGGAAUUGGAAGAAAUGUCCGGUACUCCAUUCGAGAAGAACGGUAAGACCUUCGUUCAAAUCAAGAAAGUCAACGUGAAGGUGGCGAGCGUCAAAAAACUGAAUGUCAAGUUGGAAAACCUUUUCAAUGGAAACAAACAAUUAGGCGAUAGCAUGAACUCCAUCCUGAACCAAAACUGGGAAGUUCUUCUUGAAGAAUUGAAACCAGCAUUUGAAGAAGCGAUUGGAGCUAUCUCGCAAGAUAUCGUUAACAAAGUUUUUCAGAAGACCGCGUACUCAGAUAUAUUCCUUUUGUAA